AUGCCCGGCCAUGUGUGUGCAUCUAACUGCCUGCUGGUUGUUAAGUUGUUACCCACCGCAGAGUUAUUGCUCCCAGCUUCUGCCCUUGUUAACUGCAAGGCCAGUCUCCAGAGACCUGAGAUUAAACUUGAAUCACUAAAAGAAGAUAUUAAGGAAUUCUUUAAAAUAUCAGGUUGGGAGAAGAAGCUUCAGAAUGCUGUUUAUAGUGAACUGAGUGUGUUUCCUAUACCUAGUCAUCCUGCUGCGCCUCCUGAACAUCUUAAAGAACCUUUGGUGUACAUGAGAAAAGCACAGGGAAGUUGGGAAAAAAGAAUUUUGAAGAGUUUAAAUAGUAUGUGCACAGAACUGAGUAUCCCCUUGGCACGAAAGAGGCCAGUAAUGGAACAGAAAGAACUUCUCAAUAAAUGGAAUGAAAUGGGAACUGAUGAACCAGAUUUAAGCCUCUUCAGACCUGUUUAUGCACCUAAGGAUUUUCUUGAGGUAUUAAUUAAUCUUCGCAACCCAAAUUAUGAAAAUGGUGAUUCUCUUAGUUUCAGGACUCAUUUGGGUUUAAUUCAAGUUCCUCUGAAAGUAAAAGAUAUCCCUGAAUUGAAAGAAUUCUUUGCAGAACUCGGCUUAAACACAGGACAACUGGGUAUUGAUGAUUCGACACACGUGCCUCCUGAACUUUUUGAAAAUGAGCAUGUACGUAUUGGGCAGAAAGUUCUAGUGGAACAAGAUAGCGCUGCUGCCCAACAGUACAUCAGACAAGGAAGCCCCACAGCUCUGAGGGCCGAAUUGUGGGCACUCAUUUUGAACAUCUCAAGCCAGCCUGAGGAUAUAUUAUAUUAUGAGCAGCUUAAAACCAACGUGAUACAACAUGACCUUUUGGUGGACAAUUUAAUUUAUAAAGAUGUGAAGUUGACCGCAAGCAAUGAUGAUUAUUAUUUUGUUUUUGAAGAUUAUUUAUAUCAGGUAUUACUUUGUUUUUCCCGAGAUACAUCUGUGUUGACUCACUUUGCGUACAACAGUGCCUCACCACCGAAAUCAUACAUCAGAGGAAAACUAGGUCUAGAAGAGUAUGCUGUCUUUUACCCACCAAACGGUGUGAUCCCUUUUCAUGGAUUUUCAAUGUAUGUUGCACCACUUUGUUUUCUAUACCACGAGCCUUCCAAAUUGUAUCUGAUAUUCCGUGAGAUGUACGUGCGCUUUUUCUUCAGACUCCAUUCCAUCUCUUCUCAUCCUUCUGGUAUUGUGUCGCUCUGUUUGCUGUUUGAAACUCUUCUUCAAACUUACCUUCCCCAGCUCUUCUAUCAUCUACGAGAGAUCGGGGCUCAACCACUUCGUAUAUCAUUUAAAUGGAUGGUCCGGGCUUUCUCUGGAUACUUAGCUACAGACCAACUCUUGCUUUUAUGGGAUAGAAUCCUAGGAUACAAUUCCCUGGAAAUUCUUGCGGUCCUGGCAGCUGCUGUGUUUGCUUUCCGAGCAGUGAACCUGAUGGAGGUGACAUCAUUGGCUGCAGCUGAAGCAGUUCUUGCUGAUCUUUCUACUUUAAAAGUCAUGCCUCUUCUUCAGAUUUUUCUAUUUGCUACUGUUACCUGAUCUUCCUCAAGGUCACAGACAACACAUCUAGUUCCUCAUUAGAAACUAAUCAUGAACUAUGCAAACUCUGCAUAAAACCAAAAUUAAACUUGCAUAUAAGCCAAUAAAGAUCAUGUUCCUUCCUCAGUUAAACCUAAGUAGUUUCUCACUUUUUGAAACAAUAACUCUGCACACCAAAUAUUUCAUUGCAUGUUGAUGAUUUUCAAGAUGGAAGCAAUAGACACAACUGCUAAACUGAGCAUACUCUAUAUAGAAUCCUGAUUUGUAAAAGGCAUGUAAACGAUAUAUGCAAUAGAAACUAAAAAUACUGUAAUAAACUCAAAGAGGUCAUUUAACCUCUGGGAUAAU